UUUAACAGUCAAUUACAUUUCAAAUUUGAUGGCUAGUUGACUUUUUUUCGUUAACGUUGUAAGUGUCAGGAACAAUGGAAAAAGCUAGAAAAAUUUGAGCUGGAGAUGGCCAGACGGGGCUAAACUACUGCUUCUUCACUUAGUGUCACCCAAGUGGCCAGUGAAUGAAAGCAAGAAGGGGAGCAUCGAUUGGUGUAGGGUUAAGACGACACUAGUCAGUCCCAUCCGCUUUGUAACUGAACGUCACACCCGGGUGACAUAACCGAAACAUCGUCACCUUCUUUAAUAACGGAUGCUACUGUGACAGGACCGUUAAUAUUGAACUCGCAAUCGAGUCGAUCAAUACCGCGAAUACAUAAUAGACUAACAAUUAUGGAGAACCGUACAUCAGCUGUAGGAGAGGUCUCUAUGGAGAUGUCCUAUUUGGAGAAUUCUAAGUGGAUGCCAUCGGAGUAUAUGCCAAGACGAGUGGCUAAGACUGGGGCUGAACGGAUGAGAGCGUGCCAUGCACGGAAGAGAUUAUUGGCUGCGGGAAUUGAUCCCGAGGUUUUGGAAACCGAUGACGGCAUGAGAGCUGCAUUAUAUCUGCCACCGAGGCCACGAUCACCGCCGAAAAGUGGGGCUGAACGCAUGAAAGCGUUGAGAGAGCGUAAAAAAAAUGUGAACAAUUGUGAUGAUGAUGAAAUACGAACCAUCGCAAGGAUUCCAUAUCAUCAAGACGAGGCGAAUUCUGAAUCAGUUAUAGAGAUGAAGGAAGAAUCGGAGAUCGAGACAGAACUAGAACUUCCGAAUGGUCACAAUGUGAUGACUAAACGUGAUUUAGUACACCCUAAAUGUCGAUUGCAAGAAAAUCAGCUGAUCAGCUCGGUUCUUCUCAAAUUUCCAGUGCCCUAUCUUAAAACAAAAUGGAAAAGCCUGAGAGACGCCUUCAGAUCCGAGAUGAAGAAAAAGACCCUCAACCAGAAGACGACAGCCCCGAAGGGUAAGACUUGGAGGCACUACAAAGAGCUUCUGUUUCUAAAGGAGCAAAUGCUUCCGAAGAAGCCAAGCGGGAAUUCGUCGAAGAGAAAGGAUGACCCAUUAGCCAUUCAAACAUCAGGAAAGACGACUAAGAGGAUCAAGAUCACUGGUGUAGCAUCAGUUUCUGAGACUGCUAACGGCCAUACUAAUGACAGAAACUUCGUUAAUAUCAAAGAAGAGCCUGAAUUGAUUCUUGAUGAGAUUCAAACGGAUGGACAAGGAGAUAAGGAUUUUGUUGAAAUCUUCACGAGUUGCGAGGACUCUAAUCUACUUUCUGGGAGUCAGGAUGCAGAGCUGACGGGUUCGACGACUUGUAAUAGUAAUGGAUACACCAGUGGAAAGUCUUUGGUUGAUCCCAUGAGCAUGAGUGGCCAGGUCGAUGACAAUUACCACUUUCUCAUGAGCCUACUACCUCACAUGCAGAAGUUACCGGGGGAGAGACAAAUGUUCCUGAGAAUGCAAAUGCAGGAGAUGGUUUAUAAAGAUGUAUAUAAGAAAUAAAUAAAAUAAUAGUUGAAAAAUACUGUUCUAGAUAAGUUGUGAAGGAGCAAAUCAUCUUUUAAGAAGAGGCAUGCUCAUGACGUGGUGAUAAAAGAGUUGACAGUUUUCUGUAUUUUGCUAUGGUACGACACCUAUUGAAUUUCGAAAGUAAUAAAUAAAGUAAUAAUUGA